CGCGAAUUCAUCCCGUGCAUUCGAGUUCGAGAGAGCCUCUGUGCCUUUUAAUGUUGCUCCCAAAAUAUUGCAUGGUAUACUCACACACACCACACGCGACGCACCACGACGCCCCGCCUCCACCACCCCCCCACGGCGCACCACCCCGCCUGCCACAUCCCCCAUGGAGACCAUUCGCGGUCUCCUCUGGAAGCCUACACCUGAAGAGCAAAAGCGAAAAUGCAAUGCCCUAGUACGGCAAAACGUGCGCAAACUCGACCGCGACAUCGCCUCCCUCAAAUCCGCCGAAGUCAAGGCCAAGAACUACAUCCUCGAAGCCUCGAAGCGCGCAAAACGUAACCCGGCUAUGGCCAAGCAAGCCGCCCAAGACACCCGCGUCUAUGCCCGCGAACUCAUCCGCGUCCGUAGGCAGAAUGCCCGCCUCAACACGUCCAAGGCGCAGCUUCAGUCGGUCCAGAUGCAGGUCAAUGAGGCGUUUUCCGUGCGCAGGAUCGAGGGCAGUAUAAGAGCGAGUACGGGUAUAAUGAAGGAUGUGAAUAGUCUCGUGCGCCUGCCAGAGCUGACGGGCACAAUGAGGGAGUUGAGCGCUGAAUUGGUGAAGGCGGGGAUCAUUGAGGAGAUGGUGGGGGAUACCUUGGACAACGAUGCGCUGUUAGAGGGUGAAGAUGAUGAGGCCGAAGCCGAAGUUGAUAAGGUCUUGGGUGAGAUACUGAAGGAUAAGCUCCCAGCAGCAAAAGAGGACGAGCUACCGAGCCAGCCUGUCGAGGAAGAGGAGGAGGAAGAGGACCAGCAGGAGAUGCUAGCACAGAUGAGGGGUCGUCUGGAGGCGCUGAAGAGUUGAAUGCAAGCUUGGAGAGGGCGCUUUUUUUCGACCCAUGUUCAUCUAGACUACGUGCUGCUCGAGUGUAGCAUAUUGGUGUCGGGCCUGCUCUGGUCCUGGUGUUCAUCCUAAUCUAGUUCAUCCUGGGCCACAUCUUGAUUAAGUUUUGGAAUUUAUUUCAAAGCUUAUCGAUCAGAAAUUCGAGGUUCAUAAGCCUUUACAUGCCCAGCCCCCAAGCUCGAUAUCUUUUGGUAUUGUUUGUUCAUAGCAAUAGUCAUGAAAUCAUGAAUUGGCACCCAAUUUUGCAAC